ACAAGCAAGCUAACUUUGCAUGCUUUCUGCUGCCUUAUAUUGCAUGACUCUUUCACUUAUUCUCAACUUUUUCCAACAAAAACUUCAUGUUUUCCCAUGCAUGUCCAUUCCUUCAUCACAAACCUAUGAUGGAUUCCGGCAACCUCUCCUCCUCCUCCUCCCCCUUGCCCCCUCCAAUUUCCGUCGCAAACUUCAGGCUCCGGCCGCUCCUUGAUGUCCAAAUCUUGGAGAUCUCUUUCGCUCUUUUUGUGUUCUUGGUUAUCCAUGUUGUUAGACAGAAGAGACGAUAUGACUUGCCUGUAUGGCCACUUGUUGGUAUGUUACCAGCUUUGAUCACAGCAGCAAGGGGAAAUAUCUACGAAUGGAUUACUGAGCUCCUCCACCGUCACAAGGGCACAUUUCAAUUUCGAGGUCCGUGGCUCAGCAGUCUCCAUUGUGUUGUCACUGCUGAUCCCCGAAACUUAGAGCACCUUCUCAAGACUAAAUUUUCUUCCUACCCAAAAGGGUCAUUUUUUCGCGACACGGUGAGGGACCUUCUCGGUGACGGAAUAUUUGGUGCCGAUGAUGAGACGUGGCAGCGACAAAGGAAGGUGGCGAGCAUUGAGUUUCACUCGGCGAGGUUCCGACAAAUGACGGUGGACUCGUUGGUGGAGCUCGUGCACUCGAGGCUCGAACCGGUGUUGGAGAAUUUCGCCGGACGGUCGGAGGUGGUGGACCUGCAAGAUGUUCUUCUAAGGUUGACGUUUGACAAUGUGUGUAUGAUUGCUUUUGGGGUGGAUCCUGGCUGCUUGCGCGGUGGCUUGCCGGAGAUUCCAUUUGCUAAGGCCUUUGAGGAUGCCACUGAAGUCACUGUUCUACGCUUCAUCACACCUACUUUCAUAUGGAAAGUCAUGAGGUACCUGAACUUAGGAAUGGAAAAGAAGCUUAAGCAAUCGAUCAAAGCCGUAGACGAAUUUGCAGAGAAUGUGAUUCAAACAAGGAAGAGAGAAUUCUAUACGGCGGCACAACCGCAGGCCGAUGAUCAAAGAUCCGACCUAUUAACUGUAUUUAUGAGGCUAAGAGACGAGCAAGGGCGGCCAUUCUCCGACAAGUUUCUCAGAGAUAUUUGCGUCAAUUUCAUACUUGCCGGAAGAGACACAUCUUCCGUAGCAUUGAGUUGGUUCUUCUGGUUGCUCGAUCAAAAUCCCGAUGUAGAACACAAAAUUCUAGAAGAAAUUUGCAGAAUCGUCAGCGAACGAGAAGAGGCCAAAACCAGAGAGCUUCGAUUAGAUUCGCUAGUGUUCAAACCAGAGGAAAUCAAGAAAAUGGAGUAUUUGCACGCCGCCAUUUCCGAAGCCCUAAGAUUGUAUCCAUCAGUUCCAGUCGAUCACAAAGAGGUUGUGGAGGACGAUGUAUUCCCAGACGGAACGAUUCUGAAGAAAGGAACGAAAAUCAUAUACGCAAUAUACGCAAUGGGAAGAAUGGAAGCGAUUUGGGGGAAAGAUUGUUGCGAAUUCAAACCUGAGAGAUGGAUGAGAGACGGUCGAUUCAUGAGCGAAUCCGCAUACCGAUUCACAGCCUUCAAUGGCGGCCCUCGCUUGUGUCUGGGGAAGGAUUUUGCGUACUAUCAAAUGAAAUACGUCGCCGCUUCUACCAUAAGCCGGUAUCGAGUGGCGGUGGUGACGGGCCAUCCGGUGGAGCCGAAGCUUGCCCUAACUUUCUACAUGAAGAACGGGUUGAAGGUCAAUUUGAUUAAACGAGAAGAGGGACAGAUUUGGAAAUACAUGAAGUUAAAUUGAUUGAGCCCUAAAAAUCGGAGGGGUGUUAAUAAUUCGAAAUAAUUAUAGUUUCUUUUUUUUUAUUAUUAUUUUUAGAUUUGAAAAAAAAAAAGUUUGUUUUAGUGAAAGAGUGAAAAGAAAAAGGAGGAAAAUUUGGGGAUGGAAUUAUAUAUGCUUUGAUUGAUAUAGUUUUGGAUUUGAGAUGGUG